CUUCGUUAUAAAAGAAGUGAAAAUUUAGUUUAUAUUGCUUUAUCUUGCUAUAAGUGUUGAAUUGGUGUGUGCAGAAAUAAUGUCUUUCGAGCAAGACCGUCGCAGCAUUUACGAACGUCGCCGCAACAUACUUUACCUGGUGGCCAAUUAUCUAUCAUCCAUGGGACUUCAUCAGACGCGCCAGGCUUUGAUCGAUGAGACGCAUUUAACAAGCGAAUAUGAAGUUUGCGAUAACAUCGAUCUCGACACCAUGUACCAAGACUUUUGCAGCUACUUUCUGCUCAAGUUCGGCAAGCAGCCACGUAUCGUGAAGCGCACCGAAACGAUUGGACCCCUCCCAACAGUGCAGCAACGGAAGCUAUCCGGUGCGAGACGUAAACCACCGGCUCCGGCGUUAAAACCGGAUUCACUCACCGGUGCCGGUGAUGAACUGCAGGCGGCACUGCGAAUUACACCCGGCAAUCUAGCGGUCAAUGCAACCGAUCAUACCGAGACUGCUGCCCCGAUAGUACCGUAUGCAAAUCCGAAGCUGUUAGUACGCUUGCAAGACCAUUUCACCAGCGAAUGGAAGGAUCUUGCGGAGGAAGUCUGUAGGGAUUUAAUUCGUAAGGACCUACGCCAACGCUGGUCGAACAUUAAAGGGCUCGAAGGACCGAUCAAGGUGCUGAAGGAAAGUGUCAUCGCUCCGCUGGAGCAUCCGGAACUGUUUGUGGGUUUAGCUCAACCCUGGCGCUGCGUGUUACUACACGGUGCACCGGGAACGGGCAAAACUUUACUGGCACGCACCCUGUGCUCGGAAACACGGGAUUCGGUGACCUUCUUCAGCACCACUGCCAGCACAUUGAUAUCGAAAUGGCGCGGCGAAUCGGAGAAAUUAAUCCGGAUACUGUACGAAGUGGCCAAAUUUUAUGCACCUUCGAUCAUCUUCGUCGAUGAGUUCGAUAGUUUGGCAUCGCGGCGCGAUACGAUCCGCGAGCAUGAAGCCUCGAAGCGGUUCAAGAACGAGUUUCUUUCGCUUAUCGAUGGGUUGGAAAGUGCGGCGGCCAACGAACCGGCACCCGCCGACGGUCGAGAUCGGGUAUUUCUGUUGGCUAGCACCAAUCUGCCCUGGGAACUAGAUCCGGCCUUUUUGCGCCGUUUCGAGCGCAAAAUUCUCGUUGACUUACCAACGCCCGACGGGCGGAAGGAACUGAUUGAGCAUCUGCUGCCCACGGUAACCGCAUGGCCCGAGCAGGAAAUUCAGCAAAUUGUCAUCCUAUCCGAGGGUUGGACGGGAGAUGAAGUUCGACUUGCCUGCAAGGAAGCAUCGAUGAUGCUGCUGAGAAAUAAGAUCACGGAUCGGCGGACGAUUGCGGGCAGAGUUGAACACGAGGAGCUUCAGUUUCCGAUGCUGCGCAAAGCCUUCGAACAGUUGCGUCCCGGAUGCGUGGAGCUGGCACAGAAGCAUCGCGAAUGGAAUCAACGGUACGGAACACAGUUGGUCGACUGACCGCGAGUAAAACGGACGUGCUUUGCGUAACAUAGCAAACGUAUAUAUUUCCAUUCUUCUCUCUGCUUUGCCCGUGAGGUUGGGGUUCUUUUUUUAAUUCAUUCACUUAAAGAAAUAACUAAACAAAAUUUCAUGUGAAAGUGAAGCUUGGUGAUGAAUGGGGUGACUAUUGUCGUCGUCCCGUAUGUAAAGCGAGAGCAAUUAGGUAGCAACGGAGCAGUAUAGAACACUGUCCCGACUGGGUCAUUUAAUUAUGUAUCGUCAUUAUCAUGUGAAGUACAACCAAAUACACAAUGCUGUCGCUUCAACAAA